CUUUCUACCCCACAAUGACCCAAAACCAACAUCUUUAAAAGCUAGAAAAAUACAACCCUUUUACCAAAUUUUCCAAAUCUCCCCAAAUCCAAAUAUUCGGAAUGGCUCUCUCCGGCGGCGUCCUGAGAAACGUCGUCGUCUCCUUCGUCUACCUGGCCGUCUGGCUCUUCCUGAGCUGCUCGGUGAUCGUGUACAACAAGUACAUCAUGGACCGCAAGCUCUACGGCUGGCCUUUCCCGAUCUCCCUCACGAUGAUCCACAUGGCCUUCUGCUCCACGCUGGCGUUCCUCCUUGUCCGCGUCUUCAAGGUCGUGGAGGACUCCUACUCCAUGCCACGUGAGCUCUAUCUCAGGUCCGUGGUUCCCAUCGGCGCCCUCUACGCGCUCUCCCUCUGGUUCUACAACUCCGCCUACAUCUACCUCUCCGUCUCCUUCAUUCAGAUGCUCAAGGCCCUCACCCCCGUCGCCGUCUACUCCAUCGGACUCCUCUUCAAGAAAGACUCCUUCAACAGCGGCGUCAUGCUCAACAUGCUCUCCAUCUCCCUCGGCGUCGCCGUCGCCGCCUACGGCGAGGUCAAGUUCCACACCUGGGGCGUCGUGUUGCAGCUUCUCGGCCUGACAUUCGAGGCCACCCGGCUCGUCAUGAUCGAGAUUUUGUUGGGUUCCAAAGGAAUUAAGCUCAACCCGAUCCUUUCCCUUUACUACAUCGCGCCGUGCUGUUUCGCGUUCUUGUCGGUGCCGUGGUUGAUUCUGGAGUACCCUUUGCUGAGGGAAGCCGCGAGUUUCCGUCCGGAUUUCGUGAUCUUCGGGAGCAACGCGCUCUGCGCGUUCGGGCUCAACUUGGCCGUGUUCUUGGUCGUCGGGAAGACCUCCGCUCUCACAUUGAAUGUCGCCGGCGUUGUGAAGGAUUGGCUGCUGAUCGGAUUCUCGUGGUCGGUGAUCAAGGACACCGUGACGGCCGUCAAUUUGGUUGGCUACUUGUUGGCGUUUAUGGGUGUUGUUUAUUACAAUCACUCCAAGUUGAAGGGGCUUCAGGCGGCGGAGGCGCAGAAGAAGCAGCUGCUGGCCGACGAGGAGUCCGGGAGGUUGUUGCACGAGACAGAAUAUGAAGGGACCGGCAAGAUGAGCGACACGCAGGAUUGAUUUGAUCGAUCCAUGAUUCCAACUGGAUGAUUUUUUAGAUUAUAGCGAUUCGGAAAAUCCGCUAUGUGAAUUGGAUUUUGUUCGUCUAGAUCAUGAGGGGCAUAUUAGGUAUAAUCAAUUCUCUUCUUUUUUAGUGCUUAAUUAUAAUUAAACACUCAGAUAAUUAUAGGAACAAUAUAGCGUCAGAUUUAAUUUCAAAUUAUUCGUAACAUAAAAAUGAUGUAAUCAUUCCUAUGGAUGCUUUGCAACACUUCAUUCGGGUGAUUACCCAUUUUUAUGAUUAUUAUUGGUUUUUUUGUCUU